GGAUGAAUUAGCUUAGCCUACAUCUUCUGAACACGGGCACAAAUUCAUUAUGAACAGGGGCCUGGUUUGGGAGUGUUUUGAGGACUAUGAGAAAUUUGUGAAAAUCAAUUUCAGGAAUAUUUGGAUUGCGGAAGUGGAUCCUAAGCACAAAAUGCUAGCAGAGGACAGGGAGUCACCAGUGUCUACUGUUGCUCAUGCUGACAGUGACCAAGGAGAGGAAGAAUGCCCUCGUAUUUCACUACUGAAUGGUAUUGACCAAAGUCGGCGGCACCGGACAGCUUUCACGAGGGAACAGCUGACCCGUCUCGAGCAAGAAUACUGCAAAGAAAGUUACGUGUCUCGACCCAGGCGAUGCGAACUGGCGGCAGCCCUUAACUUGCCCGAGACCACAAUAAAGGUCUGGUUUCAGAACAGAAGAAUGAAGGACAAGAGGCAACGUCACAGUCUACACUGGCCAAAUCCACUGGACCCGAACCUGUGUGCCUUCAUGGUGGGUCAGACGGCUGCUGCUCUUCCCUACCCACUGCUGCCGCGCUUACCCAUUCAUCUAUACUCUCAUUUGGGCAUGGGAAGUCUCCCUGGGUUUUCAACCCCCUACAGCGCCACCACAAGGCCGGUGGAUACUUUGCACCUGCCUCCGUCGACCUACCCCUGGUUAGGUGGUCUUUCACAACCAGCUCUCUAUUCCCCCGUCCAGACAAUGCAUCAUCAAUUAGGAUGCCACUGUCCUCAUUGCCUGCAAUGGAGACCGGACCACCUGCUUAAACCUAGAGGGGGAGCAAGAACAGGCCUACAACCUAAAACCUUUGGCAGUGCUUCAGGAUGAUAGGAUAGAAGCGUCUUUCCCAUGUUAAAAGCAAUAGGUUACCCAGAAAUGAAAUGUGUUUAUCGUUCACACACUCCCGUGUCAUUCCAGACCUGAAUGACUGACUGACUUGUUCUCUGUGGGAUAUGAAAUAAUACAUUUUGAAGAUGGUUAUCCCCAUAUAUGGAAAGUUUAAAGUUGUUGUAUUUAUGCAUCUGUAAAGUUAUUCAGAACUGGAAUAACAUCAGGAUUGAAGAGCUGUUUUGUUGUAAUCUUAUUGUAAUAUAGUUAAGUUUUGCUUACUUUUCUAAACAAAGAAGUUGAAUUUUUCAUAAUGACAGUUUUGCACCUGAACACUGAGACAAACCCGUGUACAUAUGCUUUCCAAAAUAUAUAUGACAAUAUGGACUAUUAAAAU